AAAAAAGGGCAGAUACGUGGAGAAGAAAAAGUAAUCCAUCAAUUUGUAGAUGGUCGUUCUACAGCGUGAUGCGCUGUACUGUAGUUCGCUGUACUCCAAGGAAGAAUAUGUCAAGAAAGCGGGAAGACGCGGUGAUAGAAUAUUCUAUUGUAUUUGUUGACAAAGUAUUAGGUAGUUGAAGCAAUCUGUUUUUUCCCGUUUCUCCAGCCUACCAUGCCUGCUUUGAAAUUGCUUGGGCACAUAUUCAAGCCGAUUAGGUGAUGGUGGCGGCCAAUUGUGCUGACAAGCCAGGAUUUGUUGAACAAGCGCAGCAAAUGUAAAGGGAAAACAUCAAAUUGACAUCACAUAUACCCAUCUGGAUUGAGAGGCUGAAGUUCAGUGAGUAUCUUACAGAUACCCAUUUGGAUUUAGAGGCUGAAGCUCAUUGAGGACAUCAUAGAUCCCCUUUUGUUGGGCGGGGUAAAGCAAUUGACAAGUGCUUUGAUAGUUUUCAGGGUUGUCAAGUAUGAAGUGUUUCCAUUUUUCAUAUGGAGACAAGAAGGAGGAAGAGCAGAGGAAUAACAUCAUCAACGACAACAAGAGGAAAUCCUUAUGGACGCGGUCAAUGAGUGGCGGGUCAAAUCCAGAAGGCAGAAGGUCUGGCUCUGACAUUCAGUCUCAUUCUCAUUAUUCUCAAUCUCAGUCUCAGUCUCAGUCUCAGUCUCAGACAAUUUCAAUGUCCGAUACGAGUAUUGAUUCCCCUGGACACCCAAGUAUAACGUCCACUUUGUCCCAAAAAGCACCACAUAAUCUCCGGGUUUUCACUUAUGCAGAGCUCAAAUUCGCAACCAAGAACUUCAGUCGCCAUCUCAUGCUAGGGGAAGGGGGAUUUGGAUGUGUUUACAAAGGAUUGGUCAAAAGCCUUGAAAAUCCCAAUUCCAAAAUUGAGGUAGCUGUCAAGCAGCUCAACAAAAAAGGAAUGCAAGGGCAUAAAGAAUGGGUUACAGAAGUGAAUUUUCUAGGGAUGGUUGAGCAUAGAAAUCUGGUGAAAUUGGUUGGUUAUUGUGCUGAAGAUGAUGAAAGAGGUAUUCAGCGUCUCUUGGUCUAUGAGUUUAUGCCAAACAAAAGCCUUGAGGAUCAUCUAUUGAGUCGGUCUCUCCCAGUUCUUCCUUGGUUGGUGAGAUUACAAAUUGCUCUAGAGGCAGCAAGUGGGUUAGCUUACCUACAUGAAGAAAUGGAUUUCCAGAUAAUUUUCCGAGACUUUAAGACAUCUAAUGUUCUCCUAGAUCAAGAAUUCCAUCCAAAGUUGUCAGACUUUGGACUGGCUAGGCAAGGACCAGCAGUAGGGAUUAGCCAUGUGACAACAGCGGUUGUAGGCACCGUGGGAUAUGCAGCUCCUGAAUAUGUUCAAACUGGACAUCUUACAUCCAAGAGUGAUGUAUGGAGUUUUGGAGUAGUUUUAUAUGAAUUAAUAACAGGAAGGAGAUCUAUGGACAGAAAUCGGCCGAAGAGUGAGCAAAAGCUUUUGGAAUGGGUAAAACCAUAUGCAUCAGACAGCAAAAAGUUGCGCCUGGUAAUUGACCCGAGACUGGAGGGACAGUAUUCACUUAAAUCAGCUCAGAGACUUGCUUCUCUAGCCAAUAGCUGUUUAGUGAAACAUCCGAGAAAUCGCCCUAAAAUGAGUGAAGUGGUCGAAACAUUAAAGCAGAUUGUGGAAGCUGUAGAAGCAGGAAGCCCUCAAUCUACAUUUGAUUGCCAAACUAGUGAGACCAACACUGAGAUUUUGACUGAGACUGAACCUGCAAAAGAAACAGUCAACUCAAAGCGGCGAAUGCUACUCUUAAGAGAUAUGAUCCAUCUUAGGAGCAGAGAAAGUGGUCGACCUUCUUGGCGAGCAUGGACUCCUAAAAUGGUUAGAACAUGGUAAAUGAAUAUCAGCCAGUAGUGACUGUAAUACCCUUGUGGAGCUGGAGUGAUCCGUUUCUACAUUUGGGUUGAAAUCUGUGUAAAUUUAUUUCUGUUGAUUUUUAUUUUGUAUUGAAGAUUGAUGAAAGAAUAUGGUAUGUUGCCUAUAUUUUUCAUAAACAAUUUGACCCCCACAGCAACCACCAUGCUUUAUAUUCAUUUCUUUCAAAUACUGAUAAUAGUAAGAAGCAGUAACUUUUGUGGCUAUUGCUUUUCUUACAAUCAACUUGUACAAGAUUUACAGGUACAUGAAGUCUGUAUAGUUCAUAUUUUCAA